AAAUACCUCAACGCACUGAAGAUUCGAUCAUGUUUCCGUCGUAGCAAUUGCAUUUUUCUCCCUCUAAGUCCUGAGUUGUCGCAAUAAUAGAUCGAAGGGAAGAUGGAGCAAGUUCUGACGCGUUGGUUCUCGUCAGUCCGGCCAGUCGCACACUCGAGCUGUCUAAGGCCUGGACUGCAUCUCGAUGCUGCUCGUUCCGCAAGACCCUCACGAUACUUGAGCAACAGAAGGGUAUUUUCGUCUAGCCACUAUUGCAGAUCAAUCGCACCCGAUAAGAAACCCUACGACACGAAGGGUGCACCAGACAGUCAUUACUCUCAGCCGGCCGCCGAAGUCUCUCAAAAUGUUACCCAAGCCGAGAAAGAUCACUUCUCACGAGUCGAGAGGGAAAGCAAAGAACUACAGACCCGCUCACCGUGGACCCGAGAAGGCAGCGACGUUCCGCCCGUGGCUCGCUCUCCAGAUGCACGACCAAUGACCAAAGGCAAACUGCUUACCACACCCAGCAGAAUGCUCAAGCUCGUCCUCCCCAUCACGACCGACGUUGAUCAGGAUCCCAAGGACGCGGAACCGCUGGCCUUACUCGUCCAUCCACAACAGCCGCUUAGCUAUCUUGAGAGAUUAAUACAAGCCGAGCUUCCCAUGGUGUGGGACGAGAAGAAAGAUCGAGAACGCGCACCAAACGUAUACUUCCGUGCUGAAGAUAGCGCAGAGGACGACGAAUCGCGUGAUCAAGAAUCCGUUUUGCAAGAUCGUCAGACUAAAACCGAAGAACAAUACAAAUUAGAAAACGCGGAAGAGACCAUCAUCGGCGGUAAAAACGAACGAACUGGUAAGAUCAGCGGCGGCAAGAAGGACGUCCCUUCAUCGACCAAGAACUCAUCAAAUUCCAACGAAAACAUGCCAGUCGAUGACCAGAACCCCACCUUUGUCCGCUGGAGCCCUUCUACUGAAAUCGGCGAUUUUAUUCGGGACGCCGCCCGUGGAAAGGAGUUUGCCGUGGACAUCGAAGGCGCAGCAGCUCCCAUUUUCGUCGGGGUCCCAUCUUUUGCCGAUCGGACGUACUACCUCCGCAUGCGGCUACGUAAGAUCGCCGGUAGGAUCUCGAGCUUGGCCGACGUGAAGAAGGAGUGCGAUGACCUAGCACAUCGCGCCGCCAAGACGGUCGCCCGUGGAGGUUUCCUCGGGCUACUCAGCUGGUGGGGUGGUGUCUACUACUGCACCUUCAUGCGGCCAGAUCUUGGAUGGGACGUCAUGGAGCCGGUGACAUAUCUGGUGGGCUUGAGUGGUCUGAUUGGUGGUUAUCUCUGGUUCUUAUAUCACAACCGCGAAGCCAGCUAUCGUAAUGCGAUGCAUGUGACCAUCAGUCGGCGACAGAGCAUGCUCUACGAGCGAAAGGGCUUUAAUGUUGCUGCUUGGGAGUCGCUUAUCGAAGAAGGCAAUCGCUUGCGGCGAGAGAUCAAACUGGUCGCAGAUGAGUAUGAUGUUGAGUGGGAUGAGACGGCGGACGAAGGCGAUGCCAAGGUCCGAGAGGCGCUUCGCAAAGAGAGGCAGAAGCAAGAAGGGAAAUGUCAAGAGGGCGACGAGGACAAGGGAGAUGAUAAAGAGGAGGGUGGAAAGUAGAGAUCCUAUGGUUGGAGGCUGAAGUUAGACCUGCAUAUCUUCUAUACUGUUCGCAUUUGAUAGCGUUGAGCGAUGGUUGGCUAGCAUUGAGAGGUUUCAUUCCGGUCAUCUUGUUUGUACAGCAGUAUUCAUUCUUUUCUGAGCUUCU